UGUGACUGACUGUUAUUUAUUAUUAAAUUCCCCAAGUGGACUUUGCAUUAUUUUUAUUUUCGUUCGCUACUUUCUGAUCCCCCGUAUAGCAUCGAAACCAACAAUGGAAAAACAAGUUGUACCAUUUGAAAUAGUAUUGCCGGAAUUAAAGGAGGAUAUUGAAGAAUAUAUGGCUGCAUAUCCAGAAAUUUUACGUGAACUCGUCGAGGCAGCGAAAUACGACAGUAGUGAUGAUGCCGCCGAAUGGUUUCAAAAGUGUCUAAUAUACAACAAUCCUGGCAGCAAGAAGCAUAUGUUUGGCGUUGUUGCAGUUGUAAUGUAUAAAAGUAUCAUCCCAAAGGAUCAGCUUACGCCGGAAAAAUUAAAAUUGAUACACUACCUCGGCUGGUGCGUGGAAUUGUUUCAUUCCGCCUUAUAUAUAACCGAUGACGUGGUGGACCAAAGUACCACACGACGCGGCCAAUUGUGCUGGUAUAAGUUGGAUGGACCUAAUUAUACUGUCACGAAUGAUAUUCUUAUGAUGGAAAAUGCUAUUUACAAGCUGCUACGGAAGCAUUUUAGUCACAUGGACUUCUAUUUGCCCAUAUUGGAGCUGUUCCAUGACUUAAGUUUUCAAGCAGUUCGAGGUCAAUUAAUGGAUUACCUAAGCUCGCAGAAAAGUGUUAGCACCUUCAACAUGAAAAUCUAUCAGUCGACUAUCAUGGAUAAAGCCGGCUGUCACAUCCUCUGGUUACCCUCAGCAUUAGCUCUACAUUUGGCGGGCGUCAAGGACCCCAAGGUAUUCAAUGAGUGCCAAUUUAUUCUGCAAGAUAUGAGUUGUUUUUACCAAGAACAAAAUGACUAUCUCGAUGUAUUUGUUCAUGCCGACAUUACUGGGAAAAUUGGUUCUGAUAUAGAAUCUAAUAAGUGUUCCUGGUUGGCAGUAACGUGCAUGCAGCAGGCUAAUCCAGAGCAGAAAGCAAUUAUGGUGGAGUGCUAUGGACAAAAGGAUCCAAAGAAGAUUGCUCGUGUGAAGCAACUCUAUGAAGAAAUGAACUUGCCUAGUGUGUACCAGAAAUUCGAACGUGAAAAAUUCAAAACUUUCCAAAAGUACAUUGAGCAAACAACGAAUGGCGUACCAAAGGAAGCUCUCAUUAAAAUACUAAAAUUCACGAUGAAAGAUGAUAAAGUUAAUAAAUUAUAAUAUCUAA